AUGGCAGAAGAUUUAAUUGGGUUGCAGAAACAAAUGGAGGAAUUGACAACACUGGUGAAACAAGGAAAGGUUGAGUCUAAUCCUCCUAAAUGGUGGGAGACUCAGGAAAAUAGAAUUUCUGCAUUGGAGUCUAGGAUGGCUACGAAUCAUGGAUAUAUUACAGAAAUCUUGAAGAUUCUGACUGGUAGGAAGGAGGACCAAAACCAGUCUGAGGAGGAUCAGGUACAGACCCCUGACUCAUCUAAUAUGAGUAGUAAACAACCUGUUAUGGUGACAGUAAUUAAUGAUAAGACUCGAUUUACUUAUAAACAAGAUGAACCUGGAAUUCUUAAGUCUAAACCGAAUGAUUUGUCUGCUCAUAUAAUUAGCUUUAAAAAUGAUAAUCAAAUAGGCGAGAACAAUGCUGUUAAGAACAAUACAAUGGGCUUAGAUGUGGAUGGAAGAGGCACAAGGGUUUGUGAUAAGGCCUUUGCUGAUAUAGUGGAAGAGUUUACUAAACUAGUACAGAAAGGGUCUGUAGAGGAGUAUCAAGACAGAUUUGAAGAAUUACAUCCUCACAUGCUUUUGAAGAACCCUACUCUGGGUGAGGAAUUCUUUGUCUCUUUAUUUAUUAAUGGAUUAAGGGAUGACAUUAAACAUAGGGUCAAAGCCCUAGAUCCUAAGACACUGUCUGAAGCAUAUAGGCAAGCUAAACUGUAUGAAUUGUCUGUUGAAUUUGAAAGUAAAAUAUUAUGGCCAAUCUUUAGAAACCCAUCAUACUCAAAUUCCCUACCUAAUUCUAAGCCAAAUCAGUUACCAAUUCCACAAAAAAGUUCAACCACUUUGCAACCAAAACAGAAUUUACUAGAGUACAGAAGGAAAAAUAAUUUGUGCUUUAUGUGUGGUGAGAAAUUUGUCCCAGGCCACCAGUGUAAAAUAAAACAAUUAAACAUGAUGAUUGAAGAUGAGAUUGUUCUUCCUUCAGAUGUUGUACCUACUGAUUCAGAACAGCCAGUCCUACAGGAAGAAGAGAGCCUAGAAAUAUCUAUGAAUGCUAUCACUGGGUGUAUUGGAUAUAAUACACUAAGAAUUCAAGGCAGUAUCCAAGGCAAACCAUUGAACAUUCUAAUUGACAGUGGCAGUACCCACAUUUUUCUAACACCACAGUGGGCUGAAGCUGGUAUACAGGUGAAUACACCUUACUCUUUAGCUAUUAAAGUGGCUAAUGGACAACAACUUUAUAGUUCAGCAAGGUGUAAUAAGGUUGAAUGGCAAAGGCAAGGACACUCUUUUGUUCAUGAUUUCAGACUUUUACAAUUGGGAGGGAGUGAUAUGGUGUUGGGACAACCAUCUCAAUUUUUGCAUCAAAUUUCAGAGGCUUCUUUAUUGAAAAUGACAGCUUUAGACUCUGUUAUUUUGGGACAUGUGGUGUUAUUAUCUAUGACAGAAGGUUCUAAACCUAUUCCUGCAGCUAUUCAGCCUCUCUUAGAAAAAUACAAGACUAUUUUUGAGGAACCAAAAGGCCUUCCACCAGAAAGAAAUCAUGACCAUGGUAUUCCUCUUAAGCCAGAUUCAAUUCUUGUCAAUCUCAGGCCCUACAGAUUUCCACAUAACCAGAAGGCAGAGGUGGAAAGGCAAAUUGCUACUAUGUUGUCUUUCUCUAUUAUUCAGCCUAGUAGGAGCCUAUUUGUAUCUCCAUGCCUAUUAAUUAAGAAGAAAGAUGGAUCUUGGAGGUUCUGUGUGGAUUAUAGACAACUUAACAACAUGACUAUUAAAGAUAAAUUUCCUAUUCCUGUUGUGGAGGAUUUAUUAGAUGAGCUACAUGGUGCUGUUUAUUUUUCAAAGAUUGACCUCAGAUCAGGUUCUAUGGCAGCUCAUAUUGCUCAUUUACAGAAAGUUUUAGAGGUAUUACAGACUAAUCAAUUAUUUGCAAAGUUCUCCAAAUGUUUUUUUGGACAAAACCAAGUGGAAUACUUGGGACAUAUUAUUUCAGCUGCAGGAUUUGCUACUGAUCCUACUAAAGUGGAAGCAAUGAAGAAUUCGUCUCUUCCUAAAUCUUUAAAAUCUUUGAGGGGAUUUUUAGGAUUAACAGGCUAUUACAGGAGAUUUAUUAAAGACUAUGUUGCUAUCAGCAAGCCACUGACACAAAUGCUUAAAACAGACAACUUUCAGUGGACUAGUGCAACUGUGACUGCCUUUGAAGAACUUAAAAGAGCUAUGAGCAGUGCUCUAGUUUUAGCUCUCUCAGAUUUUUCCAAGAAUAUUUGCUUGGAAACAGAUGCAAGUUCAGGGGGUAUAGGUGCUGUCUUAUCUCAAAAUGGCAGACCUAUUGCUUAUUUAAGCAAGGCUCUCAGUCCUAGAAAUUCUAGCCUCUCUAUUUAUGAAAGAGAAUAUCUUGCUAUUCUCCUGAAGUUAACUACUACAAUCCAAAAGAAAGACCUUACUAAACUCUUGGGUUUGGAUUAUACUAUUCAGUAUAGAAAAGGAAGAUCCAAUGUUGUGGUAGAUGCCUUAUCUAGGCAAUGGGAGGAUCAGGGUCAGAGUUUUGCUAUGAGUACAACUAUAAUCAUUCCUAGCUGGGUUCAAGAUGUGGAGGCUAGUUAUAAAGAAGAUCUAUUGGCUGCUGAUUGGAUUUCUAAGUUAACUGUGAAUCCUACCAUUGAUAUUAAUGGAGAUAUUCAAAGGGCAUCCUUAGAUUUAAGGAUAAAGUUUAUAUUGGAACUGCUGGAACCUUAA